AAUCUUUGUAGUGUAUUAGAUCAACUGCAGAAAUGGCUGCGCCCAUGAAAAAAAUUACAGGAUUUAUUCCUCCCCUGUGCAAAGCAUUCUCAGCAUGUUGUCGUGUGAAGCCAGCAUUAACCAUAUCAAAUAGGUUGUAUACACCAAUACAGUCUGCUCGAAACUACAGUAUUCUUCCCAAUGGAUCAUCUCCCAUAAGGAGAAGCAUUUUACAGAAUUACACGCCACUUGUUCAAACUUCUGUGAGAACCAGAAUGGAUUGGGCAGAGCCUACAAUAGUUUGUGAUAAAAAAGAUGGAAAACCUCAAUCAAAUAAAAAUGUUCUCAAAAGAUUUAAAAGACUAAAUUGUGGAUUAUGGAUCCGAACCAGGGCUGGAAGAAGUAAAAAACUAUGGAGAAUGGGUCCUCAAAAAAAGUGGAGACACAGACUUCACGUUGUAUGUAAUGCUUCACAAUCUACACUUCUUGACAAAAUGGUCACAAAAUAUUGGAAGAAGAAAACCUACUUCGUUGAUGAUCCUUAUGAACCUUAUGAAAAAAGAACAAAAAUGGAAAAGUUUGGUUUGGACAUACAAAAACCAAAAUUUGUUCCUUGAAUAUAUGUCAAAAUAAAAUUGAAUAAUUGAUUUGUGUGAAUAAAUAUGUUAGUUGAA